AUGGACGGACCACGAAACAUCACGGACUUCUUCCUGCUGGGACUGUCGCAGCAUCCCCACGUACAGAGGGUCUUGUUUGUGCUCUUCCUUGUCGUUUAUUUGGUCUCUGUGGGGGGAAAUCUCCUGAUCAUGAUCACCAUCAUCUUCAGUCCCUCUUUGGGCUCUCCCAUGUACUUUUUCCUCUCAUAUCUAUCUUUCAUUGACACUUGCUAUUCCUCCUGUAUGACUCCCAAACUCAUUGCUGACUCCUUGUAUGAGGGGAGAACUAUUUCUUUUGAGGGAUGCAUGGCUCAGUUUUUUGUGGCUCAUUUAUUGGGAGGGACUGAGAUCAUUCUGCUCACUGUCAUGGCCUAUGACCGCUACGUGGCCAUCUGCAAACCCCUGCACUACACCACCAUCAUGACCAGGCAUCUCUGUGCCAUGCUGGUGGGGGUGGCUUGGCUGGGGGGCUUCCUGCACUCCCUGAUUCAGCUCCUCCUGGUCCUUCAGUUGCCCUUCUGUGGGCCCAAUGUGAUUGACCACUUUGUCUGUGACUUGUAUCCUUUGCUGGGACUCGCCUGCACCAACACGUAUGUCAUAGGUCUGCUGGUGGUUGCCAACAGUGGUGUGAUCUGCCUGCUCAACUUCCUCAUGCUGGCUGCCUCCUACAUUGUGAUCCUGCGCUCACUGAGGUCCCACAGUGCAGAGGGGAGACGCAAAGCCCUCUCCACCUGUGGGGCUCACUUCACUGUUGUUGCCUUGUUCUUCGUGCCUUGUAUAUUUAUUUACAUGCGCCCUUCAUCUACUUUGUCCAUAGAUAAAAUAGUGGCAGUAUUUUAUUGUAUUUUGACACCUAUGUUCAAUCCUCUGAUUUACACUCUGAGAAAUACAGAGGUAAAAAAUGCCAUGAAAAAUAUCUGCAAAAAAUGA